CGGUAUGGAGGCUUACAUGCGAGUUUAGCAUUUGUUAAUCAUAUUGUAGCGGUGAUAUCGCUGUGUGUGGGCACGGUGAGAUAAAGCUGAGCAGGUGCAGCGCUCAAGUUACACAGAGGUGUUGGCUGUGACCGCUCAGCAGGACACAUGGCAGACGAAGGCAACAAGCUGACACUGAGGCGCCUGGAGGCUCCGAUCUACAAAUUCAUUAAAGUGGCUCUACCCACGGACCUGGAGAGGCUGCAGAAACACCACACCAACAUACUGAAGUAUCAGCAGAGCCAACAGUGGGACCGCCUCCAUCAGGAGCACAUUAAUGCCAGCAGAACUGUUCAGCAGCUGAGAGCUAACCUUAGAGAGAUGGAGAAGUUGUGCAGUCGAGUCCGCCCUGAAGACGCCGAGGCUCUGGAAGCUCUAGUCAAGCCGGUCAGGAACAGAGCGUCAGCCGCUGCACAGGAUUUCCUGCUUUUGCACUCCAACCCAGCGCCUCAGACCACCUCUGCAGCACCGCCUGCCACGAGCCCACCCAGCUGCCACACAGUCGAAGAUGUUGGAGAGGAAUUGAUAUCGGACAGGCAAAUUCAGCUUCACCUUCCUGAAAUUCCUGCUGAUCAGAAUGCAGCUGAGUCUUGGGACAACCUGGAAGAGGACCUGAAGGAGCUGAGUGGUUUAGUCACAGAGUUCUCCCUGCUUGUCCAUUCCCAGCAGGAGAAGAUUGACAGCGUGGAGGACAACGUCAACACGGCCGCAGCAAACGUGGAGGAGGGGACCAAGAGCCUGGGGAAGGCGGUGGGCUACAAGUUGGCGGUGCUUCCAUUUGCCGGGGCGCUGCUGGGCGGCGUGCUAGGAGGGCCGCUCGGACUGCUGGCCGGAUUCAAAGCUGUAGGGGUGGCUGCCGCUCUGGGUGGGGGCGCCCUGGGUUUUGCGGGUGGUAACCUGGUCCAGAAACACCGUCGAGCUCAUUUGGACCAAGAGAUGAAGCAAGUGACAGCGUCACCGGAGGAUGAACCAGAAAGUAGCAAGGACAAAUGACCGGAGUUAACCGAGGCCUCGGUGCAGACUGACCACUACAACUCUGAGCAUCACUGUUAUCAAGCACUUUGUAAAACAGCCUUAAUGAGGAGCUGAACAUGUUGUGUAUGUGUGAAUUAUAUAUCUGUGGGGACAAUUAUAAUGGUUUUAUACACGUAAUGGAUUUGUACAAAGGCAGCAGAGCGGUUAACUUUGACCUGUGAUAAUAAUAUGUCUUAAAAUCAACUCAUAAGAACCAAAAUAUUUGGUCAAAUCAUGUAAAAGUGCAUUAUCUGCCUUACUGUUUCCCAGAUUAUUAAUUUGUGGGUUUUCUUGUAUGUCUGUAUCUCUAUGUAGAAAGGAAGGCGAACGACUUA